UAUUAUAUUCUAGAUUUUACUGUGUUUCCGUUGUUUCAUUUUCCUCGAUUUUCUCGGCAUCCAAACGGUGAUACAUUUCUUCUGCUUCCAUAUUGUGGCGUUUGUAUUUGGAAUUCAUGCUAGUUUCUGCUCGUAGCAUCUCUUGUUUGUGUAAUAAUGCGCUUGUGAUUACACAUAGUCACAGAAAAUGGCCAUAAUAGCGUUGGGUGAGUCCGUGUGAUGGAAAGCGUGAAGAUAAAUAAGAUGAAUAUUGGGGGUUUUGAACUUUCAAAUUCCAAAAACAGUAACUGGAUAUGAUUUUAAAUGGAAGUGUCAUGACCUCUGGGUGUGCUUUGAUGGAUUCCAGGGCAUGUAAGCCUGUUACUAGUCACCAGGUUUUUGCAUGCUUUCCUCAUUUGCCUGCCAGGACUGCUUCUUUAAGCAUCAGGAGUUCAUGGAGACCUUGUCAGGAGCUGAAAUCCUGGUCUUUUGGAGGAAUGCCACUUUCACACCUCUCUGCUGCAUCAACCCCACUUUUAAGUGGGGAUCAAGGUGGCCUGUCACACACACUCCCCAUGCUACCGAGACGGCCAAGAUCUCCAACUCCCCUUAGAGCUUCCAAGGAUGUUCCAUACAGCUUCCGCUACCCUCCAAUGACCAAAAAACCACAAUGGUGGUGGAGGACUUUAGCAUGCCUCCCCUAUUUAAUGCCCCUCCAUGAGACAUGGAUGUAUGCUGAAACAGCCUAUCAUCUACACCCUUUCUUGGAAGACUUUGAAUUCGUGACAUAUCCUUUUCUUGAAUUCAUUGGGAGGUUGCCCAGCUGGUCGUUGAUGGCAUACUUCUUUAUUGCAUAUCUUGGGGUGGUAAGGAAAAAGGAAUGGCCUCACUUCUUCAGGUUCCAUGUAGUGAUGGGCAUGUUACUGGAGAUUGCUUUGCAGGUGAUAGGCACCAUUAGUCGGUGGAUGCCUCUGGCAGUUUACUGGGGAAAAGUGGGGAUGCACUUUUGGACUGCAGUGGCAUUCGGAUACCUCUUUACUGUUCUCGAGUGCAUAAGGUGUGCUCUUGCUGGUAUGUACGCUGACAUACCUUUUGUCUGUGAUGCUGCAUAUAUCCAAAUACCAUAUGAUUAAGGAAGGUUAAGCACAUGAGGAAAAAAGUUGUUUCCUUUUUGUAUUAGAUUUUUGUAUGGAGAAUUUUUUGAACAGAAAUGAAUGGUUUUAAGUUGAGACGUGUAAAUGUUUCCAUUGGACUGGAUUGGUUUUACCAGAUUUAAAUCUGGCUUAAAUGUUGGUUUCUGAAGUCCAUUGCUUAA